GCGCGGGGCGGCGGUGGUGGGAGGCGGCCUCCCGGCGGGGUUCACUGCGCCUGCGCCCCGCGAUUCAAGAUGGCGGACAGUGCGGAACUAAAGCAAAUGGUGAUGAGCCUCCGAGUUUCUGAGCUGCAAGUACUUCUUGGAUACGCAGGGAGGAACAAGCACGGCCGCAAACACGAACUCCUUACGAAAGCCCUGCAUUUGCUCAAAUCUGGUUGCAGUCCUGCUGUCCAAAUGAAAAUCAAAGAACUGUACAGGCGGCGGUUCCCACAGAAAAUCAUGACCCCUGCAGACUUGUCCAUCCCCAGCGUCCACUCAAGCUCCAUAUCUGGUACUUUGUCACCAUCUACCAUUCCACAGCUCGCUUAUGACAGCCACCCUGCAACAUCACCUUUGCUCCCUGUUUCUCUCAUGGGACCUAAACAUGAACUGGAACUGCCUCACCUUACCUCAGCACUCCAUCCUGUCCAUCCAGACAUAAAGCUUCAGAAAUUACCCUUUUACGACUUGUUGGACGAACUGAUAAAGCCAACCAGCCUAGCAUCCGAUAAUAGCCAGCGGUUUCGGGAAACCUGCUUUGCAUUUGCCCUGACUCCACAGCAAGUGCAGCAGAUCAGCAGUUCCAUGGAUAUUUCUGGAACCAAAUGUGACUUCACUGUGCAGGUCCAGCUAAGGUUUUGCUUAUCUGAGACCAGCUGCCCACAGGAAGAUCACUUCCCACCAAAUCUUUGCGUGAAAGUUAAUGGAAAACCAUGUAGCCUUCCUGGCUAUCUUCCACCAACCAAAAAUGGGGUUGAACCAAAGCGACCUAGCAGACCAAUCAACAUCACCUCACUUGUGCGGCUGUCCACGACAGUACCAAACACAAUCGUCGUCUCAUGGACUGCAGAAAUAGGAAGAAAUUAUUCUAUGGCGGUCUACCUUGUCAAGCAACUGUCGUCUACAGUCCUGUUGCAGAGGUUACGAGCGAAAGGCAUCAGGAAUCCUGAUCAUUCUAGAGCACUAAUCAAAGAGAAACUAACUGCAGAUCCUGACAGUGAAAUAGCAACAACCAGCUUAAGAGUUUCUCUUCUAUGCCCACUUGGUAAAAUGCGGCUGGCGAUACCCUGCAGGUCCCUGACUUGUUCACAUCUGCAGUGCUUUGAUGCAACUUUGUAUAUUCAAAUGAAUGAGAAGAAACCCACCUGGGUUUGCCCUGUGUGCGACAACAAAGCUCCUUACGAACACCUAAUAAUUGAUGGGUUGUUUAUGGAAAUCUUGAAAUACUGCACAGAUUGUGAUGAAAUUCAGUUUAAGGAAGACGGAACCUGGGCUCCUAUGAGAUCAAAAAAAGAGGCACAAGAGGUGACGGCAUCUUUUAAUGGAGUGGAAGGUUGCUUAAGUUCUUCUGUGGAUCAUCAAGUGUCCUCUCAUCAGUCAAGCAAAAAUAAGAAAGUUGAGGUGAUUGACUUAACCAUUGACAGCUCAUCGGAUGAAGAAGAGGAGGAGCCAUCGGCCAAGAGGAGCUGCCCUUCCCUGUCUCCUGCAUCACCCAUUAACAAUAAGAGCAUUUCAAGUAUGCCGCAUCAAGUCUCUCCUGUUUCAAGAACCCCGAGCCUUCCGGCCGUUGACACAAGCUACAUCAACACGUCACUUAUACAAGACUACAGGCACCCGUUCCAUAUGACACCCAUGCCUUAUGACCUCCAAGGACUGGAUUUCUUCUCUUUCUUACCAGGAGACAAUCAGCAUUAUAGCACUUCUCUUCUGGCCGCUGCAGCCGCCGCCGUGUCUGCUUCAGAUGACCCAGAACUUUUGCACUCCCGGUUUUUCCCCUAUGCUUCGUCUCAGAUGUUCCUGGAUCAGUUGAACGCAGGAGGGAGUGCCACCCUUCCAGCCACUAACGGCAGCAACAGCGGCAGCAACAGCAGCCUGGUGUCCUCCAACAGCCUGCGAGAGACCCAUGGCCACCCCGUGGCCAACAGAAGUAACACAGACCCAGCCUCUCUCUUUGGCGUCAUGCCGGAUAUCAUUUCCUUGGACUGAAUCUUGUUGAGUUUUCACUGGACUAGCUAGAGGAGAGAUCUGGGGUUUUGUUUUAUCUUAUUUUGUUUAGAAAUGCAGACGAGCUUUUCCUUUUUGUAGGGAAAAAAUAUUAAGAUAUGUACAGAGAACAAAACUAUAUUUUCAGUUGUACUUUUGUAUAUAAACAAAAUAUGGUUUGACUGGUAAAAAAAA